AUGCCUCACCCCGUUACGCCGCCGUCGCAGGACCCGACGAUGGUAUCUAAUGAGGCCCCGCCCCCGCCAUCUCAAGAAACCAUCAACGACCUCCUCAACACAAUCUUCACUGCAAAGACCUCGGCCGCUUCGAUCGAUGCAUGCUAUGGCCUCUGCGAGAUUAUCCUCUCUUCGGUGGGCGUUGCCGGCUUGAACGAGUACGGCAUCAUUGCCGAGAUCAAGAAGGCUGCCGCUGAUAAGAAGUCGGGUCUUCGUCGCGAGUCCAGUCAGAACCUUCUAGGUGCCGUCUUUGAGCGUUUCCUCCCUCGGCAGCCUGUCAGCGAAGUUGUUCUUCUCCUCCAGGAUGGCGGUCUUGUCGGCUGCGCUCUUGAUGCUCUCUCUGAUAAGGGCGCUGUCGUCCGUGAGGCCGCCCAGUAUGGCCUCGAUGCUGCUUUUGGUAUCCUGAGCCCCGAGGCUCUCGUCGCUGGUCUCCUUCCUGCUCUUACCGAGUAUCUCUCCAAGAAGACCGGAAAGUGGCAGGGAACCGUUGGCGCCUACAAGCUUCUUCAGAAGAUGGCUGAUAAGGCCCAAAUUUCAAUUGGAGGCACCAAAGAGGAGGCCCUUGAGAAGGAUAUCCUCCGCGAGGCCAUGGGUGCUAAGCUCGCUGGCUUGAUCCCCGUCGUCGAGAAUGGCAUGCAUGACUUGAAGGCUGAGGUCGAGAAGCAAGCCGUUCACACCAUGAACUCUCUCACUACCCUUCUCUCCAACGAUGAUGUUGCUCCUCGUAUCCCUCUUCUUAUCGAUACCAUGCAGCACCCUUCGUCUCAGACUCUCCAGAAGGCUAUUCACGCUCUGUCUCAAACCACCUUCGUCGCCAUCGUUACCUCACCCGUCCUGGCUCUUCUGACCCCUUUCCUCGAGCGAUCCCUUAACAACCCCACUACUGCCCAGGAGGUUCUCCGACAGACUGUUGUUAUCGUCGAAAACUUGACAAAACUGGUCCACGACCCUAUCGAGGCCCGAACAUUCUUGCCCAAGCUGAUCCCUGGUGUCAAGAGUGUUUGCGACCGAGCCUCGCUCCCUGAGGUUCGUGAGAUCGCUGAACGCGCUCUCGCCACUAUGGAGAAGGCUAUGGGUGACGACAAGGACGUCGUCGCUCGUACCGCUGGAGACGACGUAGCCAAGAUUCUUGAUGAGCAGAUCAAGGCCAACGGCGGCCUUACUGGAAGCCUGGACCUCUGGAAGCAGGCCCGUCCUUAUAUUUCCGACAUGGUUGCUAUCGAUGUCAACUACCGGUUCGUCAACCGCAUCUCUGGAAGAAUUGCUCCCUAUAUCAAGAGUUUGGUGAAGGAUACCGAGGCUCCUCAAAAGAUUGCCGACACUAUUCAGCAGCACUAUGUUGAUGAGGACCACCGCCGGUACGGUGUUCCUGAGAAGGAGGACGACGGCGAGGUCGAGAUUGUCAACGCCGAUUUCUCUCUCGCCUAUGGUGGUAUGUUGCUCUUGUCACACACCAACCUGCGACUCCUCAAGGGUCACCGAUAUGGUCUUUGCGGCCGCAACGGUGCUGGAAAGUCUACCCUCAUGCGAAGCAUUGCUAAUGGCAAGCUCGAGGGAUUCCCUCCUCAAGACGUUCUCCGUACAUGCUAUGUCGAGCACAACCAAGGCGAAGACGCUGACAUUAGCAUUCUCGAGUUCGUUGCUAAGGACCCUGAGAUUGCCACUCAAGGCCGCGAACGUAUCUCUGAGGUCUUGGCCGAGUUCGGCUUCACUGCUGGCCCCGAGGGUCGACAGGCUGAGAGAGUCGGUUCUCUUUCUGGAGGCUGGAAGAUGAAGCUGGCUCUGGCCCGAGCUAUGCUCCAGCGUGCCGACGUUCUCCUUCUGGACGAACCUACUAACCAUCUUGAUGUUGCCAACAUCGCCUGGCUCGAGAACUACCUCAAGUCUCAUCCCGAUAUCACCAGUCUCAUUGUUUCUCACGACUCCGGAUUCCUGGACAAUGUCACAACUGAUAUUUACCAUUACGAGCCUAACAAGAAGCUGGCUUGUUACAAGGGUAACCUUGCCAAUUUCGUCAAGAUUCGCCCUGAGGCUAAGAGCUACUACACUCUCUCCGCCUCUACGGUCCAAUUCAAGUUUCCUCCUCCUGGUAUCCUGACUGGUGUCAAGUCUCAGACCCGCGCUAUCAUCCGCAUGUCCAACGUCUCAUACGCCUAUCCCGGUGCGACGAAGCCUUCACUGCAGGAAGUCUCUUGUCAAUUGAGUCUGUCUUCUCGUGUUGCCAUCAUUGGCCCCAACGGUGCUGGCAAAUCGACUCUUAUCAAGCUCCUUACCGGCGAGACCAUCCCUACCACCGGAAAGGUUGAGAAGCACCCUAACCUCCGUAUUGGUUAUAUCAAGCAGCAUGCUCUAGAGCACGUUGAGAUGCAUUUGGAGAAGACCCCUAACCAGUAUCUUCAGUGGCGUUACCAGCACGGUGACGACCGUGAGGUUCACAUGAAGCAGACUCGUGUUCUGUCGGAUGCCGAUCGUGCUCAGAUGGACAAGUGGGUUGAUCUGAAGGAUGGAAAGUCUCCACGCCAGAUUGAGGCUCUGGUUGGUCGUUCAAAGUACAAGAAGACCUUCCAAUACGAAGUUAAGUGGCGAGGUCUCCUGCCCAAGAACAACACCAUGAUCUCUCGUGAGACUCUUACCGAGCUUGGAUUCGACAAGCUCGUCCAAGAAUUUGACGAUCACGAGGCUUCCCGAGAGGGUCUCGGUUACCGUGAGCUUCAGCCCAAGGUCAUCUCCAAGCACUUCGAGGAUCUCGGACUCGACCCCGAGAUCGCCAAUCACAACGAGAUUGGCUCUCUUUCCGGAGGUCAGAAGGUCAAGGUCGUCAUUGCUGGAGCUAUGUGGAACAACCCUCAUCUUCUCGUGCUUGACGAGCCUACCAACUUCUUGGAUCGUGACUCCCUUGGUGGUCUUGCAGUUGCUAUUCGCGACUUCAAGGGCGGUGUUAUCCUGAUUUCUCACAAUGAAGAGUUUGUCGGUGCCCUCUGCUCCGAGCAAUGGCAUGUCCGUGACGGUCGUGUUGCCCUUCGAGGAAACACUGCUGUCAGUCUCGACCGCUUCGAGGACAGCCGUCCCAGCAGCGGCGUUAACAGCACUGCCGCCAGCUCUGUCGUCAGCAGCGCUGUCAACAGUGGUAUCGAGGACAACUCGGAUAUGAAGUUCAAGGCCAGGAAGAAGAAGAAAAUGACCAAGAAGGAGCUCAAGGAGCGUGAGGUCCGCCGCAGGCUUCGUCACAUCGAAUGGCUCAACAGCCCUAAGGGUACUCCUCACCCUCCUGACACCGACGACGAGGACAACUAG